AGUUCAGUCAUGCCGAGCUCUCGCUCUCGGCAGGCCUGGGAACUGCAGGUGCCUCUGGACUGCGGGCUGCUCUGUCAUUGGGUAAUGUCCGGGAAUUGUGACGUCACGAUUGUCAACGGCGAAACACCCGUAUGUACUCGCAGCUGUCUGUCCGGUACACAGUGGAAACAUGUCGGUGAGGAGAGAGCCAAGCGGGGGAACUGAACUCAUGAAAUGUUUACCUGAGUCAUAAUCUCUACGUUCACCGGGAAAAGAUCGGCAGUGGCUUUUUUAGAGACGACUGCAGCAGCCACGUUUUUGUUUUCAAUUCACGGGAGCGGGGCGCUGGGGGAACGCAUGGCCGGAUAAAGAAACAGCCGGGACUUGAAGUGAAGAAGCAGCCGAACAGGCAGGCAGGCGGCCGGGCCGGGUAGGGGGGAGUGGGGGGACAGUGUGUGCGUUUGCUCUGAAAGACGGGGUAGCUCCUUUGCGGGGGAUGUUAUCCGUACUGUCUUAUGGCAGACUGGUAGCCAGGGCUGUCCUUGGCGGACUCUCUCAGACGGACGGUCGGGACUACAGCCUGAUCAGCGCCAGCUAUGGUUUCGGUAAAGACUUUAGAAAGGGAAUCCUGAAGAAAGGAAUGUGCUACGGAGAUGAUGCUUGCUUCAUUGCACGACACAGGGCAGCUGAUGUUUUGGGUAAGCUGGUUUUGCAUUUUAAAACACUGUGUGUAUCUUCUAAGUACUCACCUAACCCUCUGUGCUCAGGUGACCUUCAGUUAGCUGACCUGCACGUGCAGAGACCCCUCUGAUGAAAACACAACAACCCCCCCCCCCUUCCAACAACACCCUUACUUUUCUCAUCCUGCAGCCACCAUUAGAUCACCAUUCCGUUAUUUAUCUUAACGCGGAGACAUGAUAACUGAUGACCGGUGUUAUAAAUUCACCUGCUACCAUGUUAUUUUGUGCCCACACUGGGAUAACGCGCCCAUAGCGGGUAGAUUUAAGGUGAAACACCGAAUGACCUUUCACCUAGAUGAUCUCCACUUAGAGAGUACUUGGCGUCAAUGCAAGAUAUUGAACGUGUAACCCCAGGAGAUGUGGAUUAGGCUGAUUAAAAGUCUAGAGAGACGAUAAAGCUCCUUUUGCAACGUCUCAGACUUGUUACUACAAUGUCUUGCAAAGGUCAGAAUGGUUGAGUAUGGAGGCAGCCAUAUUGCUACUAGCUUCAGUAGCCUGCUAGCUCAGCUCAGUGUAAUUGCUUUGUCCUCACUCCCCGACCGACACACACAGAUUCCUCUGAAUUAGUUAGUUGCUUCGUCGGCAAAUACCCAUAAUUGUUGGGGGUUUUAUCACAAUACGUAGUCCUGAAUUAUUACGUAGACGGAAUAAAGUAAAAAUAUAGCCACUUCAGUAGGACAAAAUUUUCAUAGGCUUCACGUGUUGUUACACAUGACAACCUGAAUCUGGUGGUAUGGGAGUCUGACAGAAAAUGAAUAAACUGGUACAGAAUAUUUCAGGGGAUUUCCAGCACGCAUAUUCUUUAAUCUUAGCUUCUUCUUCUUUCAGGUUAAGUCCACGGACAGUACAAAUUGAGAAAAAUAAGACACGAAAUUAUUAUUUAUCCAUCAUUUUAAGUGUGAAACCUAGUUUAUUUAUAUAUUUUAAUAGGAAGUCAGAAGUGUAAACCAAGCAAACUGAAUGAGAAUAUGCUAAUUCAAAGAGUGAUAAAAUAUAAUUAUUAAAUGACUGGGCCAUCACUUCACUGAUGCACAGUAUGGAUUGUUCUCAAUUGACACAGAUAACUUACUUUCUACAAUAGAGAAAAGAUAACCCAUAGUUACAUCUCAUGUAUGAUUAUCAUUGUUCGCAACAUGUUGACAAUGCACACCUGAGGUCAGUGGUUUCUACAGCAGUACCUGAGUGUUUGGAUUAUAAUGUGAAAGGUGCAUUGAUUCUGCAUUCUUGCAAAAUAAGUAUUCUUUAUUAUUUGCAAGCAUUCCCUUUUGUAUAAGGAUGUCAGGGGCAUUUGUUUCAAUGUGAAACAAAAGCAGCAGAGUUUGCUUUCAAUAGAGGAUGAUGCAGAGCUGCAUGUGUGGACCUCUGUUUUUUCUACAUUUCCAAAAGCUCCUCAUCUUUUGAUUACUUAAUGAGCGCAAGUACAAAGAAGCAUCACUCAUUGCCACGCUGGUCAUUCUUGAUACAUUGCCAAGCCGUUUUGACUACUUUUUUGUUCCUCUUAUUUCUGUCCAUUAAGAGCGUCAUUUGUAACUGUACUGUUGCAAGGUCAAACAUGCAUUGUUGGAAGAAGUAUAGCAGUGUGGAUAUCUGUUUCAGAUUGUCAAAUGAAUUAAAUAUGCAGUCAGCAAUAUGCCUUAAAACAUUGCUCAAGAAAAUGAGUUGUAAGAAUAGAUGCUUCUUAAUUCUCAUCCAUCACGAUAUAAAUGUAAAAGCUUGUUGUUUUAACACCUGAAGUGGCCAAUGCAGUAACAGGUUUGUUUUGGUGAGCGGCAAAAGAGCAAACUUCUAAACUGAAAUUUCCCCAUUGUCAAUCAGGAGUUGCAGAUGGCGUUGGUGGUUGGCGAGACUACGGCGUGGACCCCUCUCAGUUCUCAGCCACCUUAAUGAGAACAUGUGAGCGACUUGUUAAGGAAGGGCGCUUCACUCCUAGUAAUCCAGUGGGCAUCCUGACCUCUGGCUAUUAUGAACUUCUACAGAACAAAGUCCCCCUGCUAGGUGAGUACACCCAGUAAAAACAACAUAUACUGUUGAAAUAUUCAGGCAUACUAGCAGUCAGUGGUGGAGUGAGUCAUGUUGUCCUUGUGAGUAGCUGUACUCUCAGAAAUAAAUAAAAUAGCUGCAGAAUGAGUCAGACUGUGAAUACUGGCUUUGCUAAGUUGGAUGUUUCGCCUGGUACCAUUAUGUAUUGCUAUUUAAUCUACAUCUAAUGUUGUCAUUUAUUUGCCAAACAUGGCAAAAAAAUGACAACACAAGAUGCAAAAAUAUUCUGCAAGAAUUUUGUUUUUAAUUUGGUAAAAGUCUACAUAAAACCAUGAAUACAAUGUACAAUACAAAUACAUGAAAAAACAUCGACAAUUAAAAGAAAAGGGUAGCUACAUGUAUGAAAAAAGAGAAAUUCAUAUUUAGGUUAUUUGACUGACGACUAAAGGAAGAUUCAGUGAGAUAAAUAAAAAGAUAAACCCCCUUGUAUCCUUAAAAUGCAGGUUUGGACACUGAACCUCAGCUUUAUAACAUUCUGUGUGUGGGCUGGUGGUUUACAAUUGAUCCAGGCUUUGACCUGCAUCCUACUUAGUGAUGUAAUUCCUGUGAGGUAACUAACUAACUGAAUCAGGCUGCAUUUUGUUAUGACGCUUACAAGUCGAGACUUGGUGACCUUGUGAAGCCAAACAUGCUGGGUGAGCAUUUUAACCUCAUACCAGACUUAAGAUAGGUCAAGAAUCCAUCUAUAGCCAACAGUGCAGGCGGGUAGGACAGGUUUAAAAAAGUGUGCACAUGUUACGCAUGUGACCAAGGUCGCAUAUCUGAGCCCGGGUAUCCCUGACAGGCAGCCAACGCUGAGUCUAAAUGUUAACCUCCCCUCCCUGGUCACGAUGUUUGUCAAAUGGCCUACUUCAAUUUGGAAAGCUCUGACAAGGUCUGCGUAUGACCCUCACUGCUCAAGGUUGCUCAGGCUGUUGGCACCUAAAGCCACCAUCAGUGGGGAUCUGGGACAAGCGCAGGCUGCGACCUUUGUGUUUGUUUUCCCUUUUUUUUUUUCUGUCAGGCCUUUCAAGGCCUCUUGAAAGCUGUAACAUAGUUUCUCCCUGCCACCUCAGAAGGUGUGCACGUUGAUGUACUGGUUCAGCAGCAUUCGCAAUUUUGGCUGUACAUUCUGUCAUUGAGAAAAUAUGUAUAAAAAUCGACUGCUGCCUCUAUGGCUGCAGUCGAAAGCAGGGGAGUACCUUCUAUCGUGUUGGAAAUAUGUUUCACUUACUUCCAAAUCUGUAUGAGCAGUUACAAAUAAGGUAUCAGAUCCUGUCAAACAGGUAAUAAGAACUGAAACGGACCUCUACCUCAAUAUAUAAAGUGACAAUAGGUACCAUAGUCUGAUUUGUAGGAACUGUGAAUAAAAAUGGACUUCUGCUUUUAGAAAUGCUGUUUAUAAUAGAGUAUAACAAUGAUUUCCACCUCAGCAUACGCUGUGACAUGUUUUGAAACAUUUUAAUGUCAUAGGAGCAAAAAAUGACCUUCUCAUCUUCACUGUUUGAAGAUAGCACAUUCUGUCAAGUAGUAAACAUAUUAAGUACACUUUUUACAGUUAUAUUAUUUGUUUUCAUGACCACAACUUCAUUUAUUCUUUUAUUUAGGUAGCAGCACGGCCUGUAUCGUGGUCCUAGACCGACGAAGUCACCGGCUACACACAUGCAACCUCGGUGACUCUGGCUUCCUUGUUGUCCGGGGAGGAGAGGUGGUUCAUCGUUCAGACGAGCAGCAGCACUAUUUUAACACACCCUUCCAGCUGUCCAUCGCCCCCCCAGGAGCUGAAGGGGUGGUGCUCAGCGACAGGUCAGUGGCUUAGUGCUGUCGUUAUUCUUGCAGGUCGUGUUAUAGAGAAAAAUGCUGUCUACUCUGUACACCAGAAUAUGGUUAUUGGCAGUGUUAAGACUUAGGACUUUUAGUAAGAUAUAGAAGAAUUUUUCAUAGCCAAUCAUCAUAAAUGCUUAGUUUUUUCCCCCCAUAUUUAGCUUGCAAAAGAAGUGCUCGGAUUGAAACUGGUCAUCAUAUGUGGGCAGCAAACUUUUAGGCAAUGUUGGUGUUGUAAAUAAGAUCUACUUUGGUGUCACACACCUGACCAUACUUAGCUACGCCUCUACUAACCGCUUUUACCUGAUCAUUCUUUCUUCUAUUACCCACAUGGAAGAUUGUCUUAUAUUCUGCUUUAAUUUUUGUUUUCUUUAGUCCUUUUUAUACUUUCAGGGAUUCUAAAGUUCAACUCUCCAUCUGCUUUUUUUGCUUUACAAAAUAGUCACAAGAAGAUGAUAAUAUUUGUGAAAGUAUGAGUAAAUUUUACACAAGCAGUAGAUUUUGCUAAAUAAUCUGUGAUUGGUUGUCCUUCAUGAAUAUGUUUAAAAUAAUUAUUAUAUGAUUCAUUACAAGUUCUGUUAUGUAUCUGCAACUUCAAAAAGAUAAUUCAGUCCCUCUCCUGUGGUUUCUUGGAUAUCUACCAUUGUUUUUGCAGCUUCACUUAGCCUGUUAGAGUUCCAUUCCACUCUAAAAAAAAAUUAAUAUCUCAUAAGAAUUAUUGUCUUACUCUGGAGGUAACAGAAAAAAAGAUUUAAUUACAAGGCACACAAGCAUGCUGAAAGCUUUGCUAGGCAACCCACAUAGGUGUUUCAAUGUGGUUCUGACAAUGGCAGCCUGAUUACCAAGAUAAACCAUUUAUAGUACAUUCUGAGCUGUCUACUAGUCCCGUUUUUGACUGUAAUCCUUUCUGGUGUGAAGCAGAGUUUAAGACUUCGCUGUUAAACCACCUAAUGUUCCUUUUAGAGAAACAUGGAUGGCUCUUUAAUACCACCUUGAAAUAAAACUCUUCAGGAGAAGCACAGACAUAAGUGAGAGACUCCUAGGAAAUAAACCUGAGACUUCAGUUUGAUGCCAACAAACCAGAAGCCCUCUCUGCAGCUGACAAGGACACAGCGGGCAGACUGCUUCCUAGUCAGGUGUCAGAUUAAACGCCCACUCUGCGUCCACCCUCAAGACUUGGCAGAGUGACCUGCUUAAUUCCAUAAUGGAAACUGUUGACAGCAGCUCAAGCGCUGCAUGCUCCUGUUCUAAGUGAGACUGAUCCUGACGUGCCCUCCUGUUUCCCUCCAGUCCCGAAGCGGCAGACAGCUCCUCCUUCGAUGUACAGCUCGGUGACAUCAUCCUCACAGCCACCGACGGCCUCUUUGACAACAUGCCAGACUACAUGAUCCUGCAGGAGCUCAAAAAGCUAAAGGUAACAUUUCUAAAUACUAGCUUUCAGGUUUUCUCCCAAACUGUAUGAAAAUAAUAAUGAACAUAUGAACAUAAAAUAUUCCACCUCUCACACUGAACACUUGUGUUUGUACUUAUUUCAGACCACCAACUAUGAUAGCAUCCUGCAGACUGCACAGAGUAUUGCAAAGCAAGCUCACGACCUCGCCUAUGACCCCAACUAUAUGUCUCCUUUUGCACAGUUUGCCUGUGAUAAUGGCCUGAAUGUAAGAGGUAUGUAUACAGAACUCUAAGAUGCUGUAUUUUCUCCUUUAAAACCACUCUAAGAAUGUGCUACUCAGGUAUUUUUAAAAACAAUGAAACAAUCAUUAAGAAAUGUCACACCCUAUAAAAUGUUUUCAUGUUAUUAUUCUUUCUGACAUCAUUAAAUUUUUGUAGAAUAUUUGUCCUAUAGAGUUUUUUUACUGACUGAAAAUAAUUUUUCUACUACACAAAGCUACAGGACACAAGACUAGAUUUCGAAUUAGUGCAGAAAGAGCAAAAUAAUGUAAAUUAAAAUUGAUCAGACUGCAGAAAAAAACAAACUUUUGAAGUAAAAAAGCUGGAGGAUACAAAUAGGGGGAUCAUACAUCCUUUUUUACCCGGACAUGUCCUCUUUUGGGGGGCUGUCCGGGGAAAGUUAAUAAAAUCCUUCAAGUGUCCGGGGUUUUGUAUGUAAGCCCGUUUCUGCCAGUGAAAAAAGAAAAACUGAUGAGAUAAAAUGUUGUCCUUUUUUUAAAGAUGAGAUGUCUUUGGGAAUUCAGAAUAUGCAUUUAUCUGAGUUAGAAGCGUGUAAAAAAUUUACACUCAAAAUUUUGCGUGCAUGCACAACUCCGCCCCAUUUAGUUGUGUCCUCAGAAUAUGGUCAUCCUAAUCCAAAAAAAGCCUGUUUAGGUCCAAAUGAUGGCUGUCAGGCUGCUUUCACACCUAGACUUGUUCUCAUUAUUUUGGCUGAAACUUAAGUGUUAAACUAAGUGUUGACAUGGUUUCUCACACCCCUUUGCCUUUUUUCUGCAGGAGGGAAGCCAGAUGACAUCACGGUGCUGCUGUCAAUUGUGGCUGAAUACACAGAUUAAAAAAUGUGUGUAAGAGUGUGUGUGUGAACAUCUCUGGGGCUGUUCCCUCCUUCCCAUCUGCCUGAGUCUUCCACCUGCAGCCCUCCCUAAAAAAAAAAAUACAAAAAUACAAAAAAGCGCCACAUCCUGUGGGCUGGCAGGGGGGAAGCCCGUCAACACAAUGCACACUCCCUCGCUGUGGGGCUGACGGCCAGCCGUGUACACCUUUUGUUUUUCCUUCCUUUGUUUUGCUUCGGUGCUCCAAUAGUUGAGGAGAAGCAGGCAACUAGGACCUUUUUUUCAUGUUGAACAUGAUGCAGGAGAAAGCAAGUACAACGGGCUGAGGGAAGCCUUUCAGUCUCACGUGUUUCAUUACAUUUUAUCAACAUUUGUUUGGUGAUGGGACUGUUUGGUUUGACCGGGAGCUUUAAAGGCCUCCUGUUUAAAAAGUGAAAUAAUAAGAGGAGUAAGCCAUGGUGUGGAUCCUUCAGAGGGUAGUGAUAGAGUUGACUUAAAACCUGGCAGUCUGUCUCUGCUGUUCCAAUCUGUUCCUCGCUGUAAAUGUGUUCGAUCUAAGCUUAUAGUUGGACUGAGGAAGCUGAUGUUGGGUACGGAGGGGUGUUAAAACAAAAAGGAAAAGAGGUGGGUUUGGGAAUGUGUAUGGUAGAAGUGCUAACAAGUACAUGUUCAGAUGGAAAUAACAUGUAAUGGGACACUUACACUUGUUCUAGCUUACAGCACAUGUGAAGGUUGAUCAGUUUUUGUCACUUUGCUGGGGGAUCUGUUGGUGCGCACAUCCUGAUGAGUUGUAAAUAAUUUUCGUGUCUUUAGGGCUGUGUUCCAGCCUUUUUGUUGUCCUUGCUUCGGUUGCUAAAGCAAACAGAUACUUGGUUACACUUGUGGAAGAUGUACACAUGCAUUCAUAAAUAUAUUUUUCUUGUAUAGAUGUUGAACUUGGAGUGAGCUUUAUCUAUCCCACACUUCCACUUGCUGAAAUGAACAAGAAGAUAAUGUGCUGUGAUUGAUCACUGCAGCAUCUGUGUGGAAGGAGGGCUGUGUGUGUGCGCGUGUGCACGUGGAAUACAUGCAAGAAUGUGUGGUGUAUUUAAUGUGUAAUAUUUCUUAUCUCACAAAGCUAAAGCUAGCAUCUGGGAAUGCUUACAACUGCAAUGAUAGGUCAGGCAUGAACUGUAAAGGAAAAGAUGUAUUUUUUUAUUUAGUUUAAAAAAUUAAAGUUUGUAUUGUCUGUGGGGUGGAUGACAAAAAAAUCCUGCUAUCUUAAGAGUCGUGUGUGUGUACGUUUUUCUUUCUCAGUUCCUCAUUUCCCUUUACAUUUGUUUGCUGCUUCUCGUGCAGAUGUCUGUACUCAAAACAGUCUCCAUGAUUGUAACAUGUGUGCUGCAUCACAUCACAUUACAUUAAUCAAAGACAAUGAUAAUGAAAACACUGGUCCGCUUGUAAUGGCCCGUCCCUUCUUGUCUAACAGCUCACCCAAGUGGUUUGGACAGUGUCAAGUUGGUGCACCAAAGACACAUUUUUUAUGUGUAUGUGAUUCCGCUUUGUUGCUAUGAACAUCAAACAGCAAUACUGUAAUUUUCUUGUGCUCUGAGUCUCGUUUGGUGGCCAGAAGUGUGGGUGAAAAUUUCUUUUCCGUGCUCAUAGUUGUUUUGUCAGAACAAAAAUUGUACCAUGUUUAAGUUUAGUGACUGGUUGCAACAAAGUACUAGACAGGUUCUGAAACCAAAGAAGGAAAGCCAUAUUUAAACACAACUGCUAUGUGAGCCCUGCUGUAAAAAAUGUUUUUUUCCUCAUUUGUGGAAACAAUGCUAUGAUAACUCUGUCCCACCAUCUGCACUGUUCAUUUGCAUGAUUUCUGCAAGUACUGGCACAAUUAAAUAAUGCUCAUAAUGUUCUCGUCUUAGGAAUGGUUUAUACAUGCUGUACAAAGGUUCUGAACUUGUAUUUACUUCCAAGAUAGCCCUUCAUUUGACAGAAAGAUGGAUCCCAUAUGCAGAAAGAAACAGUGGUGAGAUAGAUCAUGGUGCUGUGAACUUACAGUGUGAGGGUGAGCACAGUUUCAGCCUUAACAAAUAGCUAGACCUGUAAUCGAGGCCUUUCCUGUCAUUGCAAGCUUGAGUCAUCUUGGUCAUGCUGUUCAACAUUUUAUGUAAAUGAAGUCUGCCCGUCUCACUUCUGUAAAGCCGUUCUCAAAGGUGCUUCUGCAGUCUGUAUGGUAUGGUAUGAUUGUCCUCUUUACAGCAAGCGAUGUUUGUGUGUAUGAAAGAUACACCUAUGUCUACUGUGUAACAAUGCAGGUCUAAUUUCUGUAAAUAUGUUUUAAAAUAUGUACAAUAUUUAAAUAAAGAAUCUAGUAUUUAUACUAAAAUA